GUUAGGAAGGAGGGAGUUGUGUUGUCGUUUGGUGUCAAGUGAAAUUCCGUUUUAAAAUGAAUAAAAUUGUUAAAGAAGGGAAGUAAUUGUGUUAUUAAGAGCUUAGUUAUGUCGUUAAGAAACGUAAAUAGCCAUUUUCCGGGGUCGAGCAAUGCUAGAGAUCAAGAUUGGACUUGGUACGCACCUCCUCCUGGAAAUCAAAGUAUCAACAACACUUACAGUAUUUGUACGAACAAAACUCAUGAAACGACUGCUGAUUGUCGUUAUUACGAAGCCAGUGGAGAAGACAACAAUACUUUGGCAACGUUCAUGGAAACAAAUCCAUCCAUUCCGAAAAAAGACAGAUCUACAAAACAGUCACGACAGCUUCCUCAUUGGUUAUGGUUUGUUAUAGCUAAAUGCUUAGGGAUACCGUUACAUCCUAAUGAUAAACCUAUCAUCGGUUUGAUACUGCACAUGCUUACUUUUGCUUCGGCUCUCACUUUUGCUGUUUCUCACAUGUGGUUUGUAAUAUUUGAUAUACUCUCUCCCAAUACUCCCAUUGAUAUCGCCAAUGGCACAGUUAGUAUUUUCUUAAUUGUGUGCUGGGGGUCGUUCGGUUUCUAUGCAAAAAACUUGAGUGCACGACUAUUCCGUCACACGCAGUUUCUUAGAGACAUAAGAAUGCACUCUCGUACUAUAUUCAAGAUCAAUGCUGCCGUUUUGUUUUUUCUAUUAGGUGCUAUUUUCAUCAGUACUAAUGAUUAUGAUGGCUUUCACUCAUAUUUAAAUGAAACUUGUGAAAAGGUGGAGUUAUACGUCAUUGUUUGCAAGUUGCAGUUUCUGUCAAGGGUGAUAUUUUCAGUCUUUGCACUCAUAUGGCACUCUUUAGUGUCUUUUGUUUUGAUAUCUGUCUGCAGGACACAUACUAUAGGCAUUCGACGUUUUAUUCGUGAAUUAGAAUAUGAUGCAGCAAUGUAUGAACACUAUUUUGCACAGACAAACAUGGAUGUUCCAUUAAAAUAUGAAGAUAUUUGUCAAGGUUUGUUAUGGCAUGUUUAUUUAAAAGUCUUAAUUAAUAAUUAGACUUUGCAUACAAGU